AAUGGAACAGUGCCAUGAGAGCGAAACACACCCAACGUCCGGUCAGCUGCUUGGCCGAACGACGAAGUGUGUGCUCAGUUGCAUAGCUUGUGUGGCACCCACAUUUGAAUUCGCCUCCGCCGGCACUCGUCCACCGCCACCAUGUCGUCCCGUGAUGCCUCGUCGACUCGUGCUGGCCUCUACGAAUGGUGCGACAUUGCGGAGGUGGCAACGGCCCAGCGCAAGGCGUUCUCGCGCAAGAUCAACUCGACCACGUCGCUGGCGUCCAAGGCGUUGAAGAAGGCCAAGAAGCAGGCGAUGCCAUCUACCCGCACCGCGUUUCGCCAACAGCAUGAAGCCAUGCAACGCCGCCACUCGUCCUUCCUCAAGUCAUCCUCGUUGUCGUCGUCGUCGUCCCUCUUGUCGUCCGCCGCGAGCCGGUUCGAAGCGCAUUUGAAUAACGCGGUGUUUGCGCCGCAGCUUCCUCGCUUGCUCUAAGUCUCCCUCUGCAUCACGUCCUGUGCUCCUCAUCUACAAACACCUCAAGGACACCACAAGGUCGCUGUUGCUACUGUCUCGAUGUAUAUUGUCACGCUCGAGUCGUUCCUCCAUCCAAUCGCAUAAAAAUAUUUAACUAACGACGACCGUGCCAUGACCCCCCAAACAAGCAAUCGCAAGCUAAAGAUAGUUGCUUGCCAUCGCGCAUGGUUCUGUGCCACU